AUGAACCCAAACUUAAAGAUCGUAAAGUCCAAUCACAUUAAGAAAGAGAACGAAAGGAACAUAAAAACAACGAACGUAUCGCCCGUACCCGUUCAACGUCGAGGAAACACCAUGGAAGAGCGGAAGGCCAAGUUACGAGUCCAACUGACUCGCACCUGGCACAAGGAACCCGAAGGUCGGCAACUGCGCGAAGAACUAUCUGAUGUACAGAUCGAGGUGGCCGGAGCACCUGCUGCUAGUAUACCAGCCCAUUCUGCCGUCCUGGCAAACAGCAGCAAGUACUUCCGGGCCCUUUUUACGAAUGGAAUGGCGCAAAGUACUUCUAAACGGCAGAAAACCAAGCGGCUACGGUCCAAGGGGCCGAGUGAUAACGGUGAAAAUGUGUCGCCAACAAUUGUCAAGAUCACGGGCUACCCUCUGCCCAUCGUACAAUACUUUGUAGAGCAUCUCUACAACACUCAGUACGAGGGUGGGCAGGAAGGUAUCACAUUUGUGGAAGAUUGGGAACAAUUACUCCAGCUUGCGGACGAAUACGAAUGUCUGACCCUCUUUGACAACGUAUCCAUCCAUAUCCUGGCCGAGUUCCUAGAUCCAAACAUUGCCGAAGUGGUCACCACCUUGGAACUACUCAAGAUCGGUAUGCAUAGGCCAUGUCAUUCAAGUUCACCUUCAUAUACCAAAAGAUCCAACCGCCGAGCGGCCGAGCGGCGUGCUGGCCGUUUCGAAAAAGUUUCCAGCGAUGAAUGGCAACUCUAA